GCCGGAGCUGUUGCUGACUGGCGAGGAGGAGGAAGUGGAGACGGGGAGGCGUUAGAAACCGGCCGCGUCGUAUCUGCGGGCGGAAAAAGAGGCUGCCUGCCGCGGGUGUUUUCUUCUCGUCGUAGCGGCGGGAGCCGUCGCGGAAGCUGGCAGGAUGAAUGUUGGAGUAGCCCACAGUGAGAUGAAUCCCAACACGCGAGUGAUGAACAGCCGAGGCAUUUGGUUAGCUUACAGCAUUUCUGUGGCUGUGCUCCAUAUCAUCUUUCUUAGCAUUCCCUUCUUCAGUGUCCCCGUGGUCUGGACUCUAACUAACGUUAUCCAUAACCUGGUGAUGUAUUGGUUUCUCCAUACAGUGAAAGGGACUCCCUUUGAAACGCCUGACCAGGGCAAGGAUCGCCUACUCACACACUGGGAGCAGAUUGACUACGGCACACAAUGGACAUCCUCCCGCAAAUUCUUAAGCAUUUCCCCAAUCAUUCUGUACAUUUUAACCAGCUUUUAUACAAAAUAUGACCCUGUGCACUUCAUAAUCAACACCACUUCGCUUCUGAGCGUCCUCUUGCCCAAAUUACCCCUGUUCCACGGGGUCCGUCUCUUCGGUAUCAACCAGUAUUGAAGCAGAAGGGAUGUUGGCACUGCUGAGACAUUCUUCUUCCAAAGAAAAUUAGUUCCAAGAAAGUGUGGGCAAAGCUGUUGUUGCAUCACCUUGGACUCUCUGGAAUCAGAUUUCGCUGGAUGAGGCAAGCCGAGCUGCCACUGCUCAAAUGACUGAGCAGUAUGGAGCAUUCUUCAGCAUUUCUGGCAAGGAGAUCUAAGCCAUUUUUCUUGCGGCUAGUCUAUACUAGGGGUGGAAUUAUCUGGUGGAAUGAAACAAUAGUUGAAUUGUCAUGCGAAUGUGAGUUCUCUAGCUCUCCCAUGUAAAAAUUCCUGCUUUUGCUCUUUGUAGUGGGGGACUGGAAUCCCUUUCUGGAAGGGAUUUAAUGUUGCUUAAGACCACCUUCCUUUAGUUUGUAAACUUCCCUUUUUUUCAAAUGUGGUUGUGCUGCUAAAUUUCCAGAGUUUUCCCGCUCAGGAAAAAUGAAUUAGCCUGCUGUGACAGGUCUCAUAGUUACGGUUCUAAGCUGUGUAAAUAAUAUUUUAUAAAUAUUCACAUGGUAGGUACGUAUUAACAUAACUGUUCAUUCCAGUUGAAUGCAAAGUAUAGAGUAUUCCCUCUACUCUCUCCCCCCUUUAAAGUAGGUUUUCCGGUUAUAAAAAAAUAAUGUAACACAACAUUGAAAUGGGAAGAUGCAAAUUAAAUUAUACAUUUAGUCAGUGUUCUGCAUUGCUUUUGUUCUUUUAUCAACCCUGUUUAUACCAGCCCCAUGAAAUUAUCAACAUAAAAAGCUGAAACGAUAAUGAUAUGGGCAGAUCACUUAUUUAAUCUGUGUAUGAACCUUAUUUGUUGUUAGUUUCUAUCAUAAUUCCCCAGCUUGUUAAAAAAAAAGUACUAGAAAAAAGUUCUUAUUUUUAUAGGGCAGACAUCUCUAACCUGCUGUUUAUAGGCUACAGGAAUCUCAUUUUUUGUGAGGUUUCUUCACACAUCCAUGAAAGCGAUCCAAUGUUACGUCAAGGGAAUUGGUUUAAAGGACAAGAUGAAUGCUCUGUUUACUGGUAUUUCAAAUAGCCAUCUUUUAAAAAAGCAAGAAAGACAGUCAAAAACAAAUAAAUAAACUCAAGCUCAUAGUUAUCAGCAAACACACUUUAUAGCAAUUUUUUUUCUGAUCAAAGUUUGUGCUAAAUAUUAAAAUGGUGGUUUUAAAUUUGCUUCAAAACUCCACAAGGGACUGUACUCUAUUCUCUCUCAUUCCUUAUCAUUAACUGUGGAAGUAGCCAAUAAAAGUGUAAGACUAAAAGCAUGCAAGAAGGCGACAAGUCUAAGUAAGAACUAGAUGUCACUAUUAUGUUAGUAUGAAAAGCAAUCAUGUUUGCACCCUCCCAAACUAGAUCAGCUUUUAUAGGAUUAUCUAGCAAAUCGGUGUUUCUCAAUCUGGGCAACUUUAAAACAUGUGAACCUCAACUCCCGGAAUUCCUCAGCCAGUUGAAAUUCACUGUACCAGGGUUGAAAGCCCAAAGGGGAAAUAUUGACUUUUCAAGGAUCUUCCCAAUUGGUGUUCCUUCAGCCAGACACAUAUGGAAUGGAUAGAAUAAAAGCCUAACCUUAACCGUAACAAAGGCAUCACUGCUGAAAUCAUUUUCUAUAACAUUCUAAUUUACUACUAGCCCCUGUAUUUUUCCUGGUUUAAAACCUCAAAUUGCUGUGGAUUGGCGGCUUCUGUCUGUCUUGCUUUGAGCCACCUCUGGAAAACUUGCUCCUUCACAUGAGAAAAGAGGCAAAAGGCAGAAUAAGGCUGCCCUUUCCUGUUUCAUCUCAGCCCAUCUUAAAAGCAGAAUGUUCCUGCUCUGUCUUCCUGGACUGGCUAUUUAGCAUUUUGAUUAUCUCUGCCCAUCUUUUAACUCCUAUCUUUGGGGAUCACAUUUCUCUGCAUUUAGUAUGCCCAUGCAACAAUCACACUCCUCCUUAGUUGCUCCCCCAUUUUGGAACAGUGUUUGCCCGCGCAUUCAAAUGGCUCCCUGCCUCCUGGUUUUUAGGAACACUUUCAAAAGAUAGAGACCUUGGAGGCUGGAAUGCUACAAUCUGUUCCCUCCAACAAUAGAAAUGGUCUUUUGCUUGGUGGUUGAAUUAAAUUCUGGUUUAUAUCCUACUAUGUCCUGUUUUAAGCAUUGUAAUUAUUGCUGUUUUACUCUAAUGUGUACUGUAUGUUUUUAAUCAAAUUUACAAUAGUUGGGAUGUAUGCUGCUCAGAGUUUAUUAGAGCAGCUUAUAAAUAAAAUUAAACCCAAAGAGAAAA